AUGAUAAGCAAAGCUGUUCUCAUCCACAACAAUGGAGAAUGGGUGCACAAAGAAGGUAAUGAUAACUACAAAGGUAUGACACAUCUUGCAGGGGUACCUGAUAAGUACACUUUUGAGGAUGUGAAGAAGGCAGCAAUGGAUGUUCUAGCGCGUAUUAGUGGUCCAAAGGCUAGGAGAUGUCUUGAACCAGUAAUGACUUUAUCAGCCAAGAAACUCCGCUGUCUUCAUGAUGCGCCAUCAACUCCAGCGCCAAUACUAGAUAUUCAUGAACUCCCAAAGGAAAUGAAGUAUAAUGAUCUACGUGUGGGUAAUACUUUCAAAAGCAAGGAGGUGCUGAAACUUAUUCUUGCAAUAGCCAAAGUAGAAAGAAAUUUUGAGUACAAAGCUUCUAAAUCCGACAGCCAAAGGUUUAUUGCCAAAUGCAAAGACAAGACAUGCCAAUGGCGUCUUCGAGCAUUUCCCUUAGAUUCUUGUGGGUGGUGGAAACUCACAGUUGCGAACGAUGUGCAUACUUGUGAAAGCAACAAAAGGACUGACCCUGAAUUGAGAACCAAAGCGGCCGCUGCUGGAAUUGCAGAGCUUUUCAAGCACAAAUUCAAAGAACUAGAUGCGGCCUAUACACCAAAACAACUGAUUAAGGACUUAAAAAGGGAACAUGGAGUGGUUAUCAAUUACCGGCAGGCAUACAGCGCUUGCAAGCGCGGUAUGGAGCUGAUCAAAGGUAGCCCCGAUGAAUCGUACCAACACCUCGUUGGUUAUAGUCACAUGCUUGGUUUUCGUAACAAGGGUACUGUUACUGAGAUUGUAACUGAUUCAGAUGAUUCUUUUCUAUAUUAUUUCUUUGCUUUUGGAGUAUGUAUUGAAGGAUUCAAAAACUGUUUCAGACCCGCUUUUGCAGUUGAUGGUACACAUCUUACAGGGCCACGCCAAGGUGUUUUACUGUCAGCCGUUGGAAUGGAUCCCGACGAGUCGAUCUAUCCUAUGGCUUUUGCUGUUGUUGAUUCAGAGAAUAAUGAAUCUUGGGAAUGGUUUAUGAGAAAGUUAGCCGAAGUACUUGGCGAUAAGUAUGCUAUGAAUGAAGAUGUUGUUGUGGCAACAGACAGGCAUCAAUCGAUCGGUAGAGCCAUAAGUGUUGCUUAUCAGACUGUAGAUCUUUAUAUGUACGUAUCUAGACAGAGUUAUGAAGUCAGUCCUGUAAUGUUUGACCUUGCAGAAAACAUCAAACAAACUUACCACAGCGCCGCGGCUUCGGUGGCAUUUACAAGAGCUGCAAAAGCAUUUAGCAAUGAUGAGUAUGAACUUUCUAUGAGAGACCUAGGUUUAGCCAGCCCCGCUGCUUUAAAAUCUGUAGUGGAUCUUGGACCGGAAAUGUGGGCCAGGGUAAAGGCUAGAACAGGUCGUUUUACUCUCAUGACCACAAACGCAUGUGAAACUUUCAAUUCAAGAAUAGCUGAUGUUAAAGGUCUUCCAAUCUGCUAUUUAGUCGAUUACAUUCGAAGGCUCCUUAUGGAAUGGUUCUGCCAACGUAGACAACUAGCUCUUGAUUGGAAAGAUCCUUUGAGUAAACAUGCACGAGAUAUAAUCAAAGAACGGUGGGCUGUGGCAAAAAGGUUUGUGGCUUUCCAUGUCGAUGGGGACGAAUAUGAAGUGGACGAGGGUGACUAUGAAGAGCAACACACCGUCUAUCUUGACCGAAGGUCUUGCACGUGCAAAGUGUUUGACUAUCAGCAUCUUCCGUGUCCCCACGUACUUGCAGUGUGUGAGACAUAUAAAAUAAAAGAAGAAGGCCUUUGUGGGAAUUAUUAUAAAACAUCUGUUUGGAGAUCUAUGUAUGAACCUAAAAUCUAUGGUGUGCUGAGCCCGGAAACUUGGGAUGUCCCAACGGAGGUGGCAGAACGGGUGGUGCUUCCUCCAAAAAUUACACCGGAAGUUGGUCGUCGGAGCAUCAAGAGGAAAAGGGCUGCCAUUGAAAAACCUAGAAAGAAAAGAGGUUGUUCAAGGUGUCACCAGACGGGGCAUUAUGCUAACAACAAACUUUGUCUCAAGGCUUAG